GCUGAGCAAAGUACGGAAAUAAUCACUUGAUGAGUUCCCGUUUGCACUCAGCCUAUUCUACAAAAGUAGACCAUAGUGCCAACCUUUGCUGUUGGUGGGCUUUUCUUAUCUACCUGACUCUGACCUCCAACCGGUUUACCCCAUAAUUUCCCACCCUUCGCCUACACAUCUACAUCUACCACACGAUCGAUCUUCCCCUCCCGAUCGGCCGUGAUGGAAAUCUCUCGAGUCCUGAAUUACAUUGACGAAGCGCCCAAAUGGGUGGGCAUGGGGGGUAGCACGGACGAGAUCAGACAACUACCAAGACAACAACCAGAACCCCAGCCAUCGCCUGAACGACAAAGCCAAUCGUCCGAAGAACCCUCCCCGCUCCCCCUUGCCCUUCCUUUCCCCCAAUCGACCAUCACCACCUCAACCCCAACCUCAACCUCAACCUCAACCUCCACCACAACCACAACCCCCACCACCACCCCGAACCCUCCCUCACAUACCAUAAUCCGCAACAAGAAACCCAUCCCGCGACAGGCGGGACGCGGAUACGCCCCGAAGAGCCGAGCCGCGCUGGCGUGCAACUCGUGUCGACAGGGGAAAUUUAAAUGCACCGGCGAGAAGAACCAAUGCCAGCGGUGUGCCAUGUUGGGCAAGCAAUGCUGGUACCCGGCCCAUAAGCGCGAGCGGAUUCAGAGGGAGAUGGACCAACUGGUCACGGAGGCGAAUGAGUAUCGAUUGAUGCUGGAGCUGCUGCUGUCCCGGGUCAAUAAAGAAGAUGCGGAGGAUAUCUCGGCCCUGCUGUUCAAGUACGAAAAGUAAGGGUGACGGGGCGUCAAGUUGACUUGACCUUUGCAUCCCUCGACAACCAAUUACUCGACGACUGGAUCGGCGAAUUUCCCGACAGCUCUGGAGAGAACAUGGGGCGAAAAUCCAUGCCAACACCCUGAAGGAGCUCAGCCUGUCCACGAAAAGGACGACGGCAUUUGACUCGCUCCGAUUGCCAGCGCACGACCCUCACGCAAUUGCUCUUUCGUCGCACGGCAGGUUUUCGUGGCGCAGCCAGGGAGGAAGAUCCUGGCAUGACAGAUUCUAGACCGACUCAGCGGCGAUUUUCUUUCCUUUUUUUUGUUUCACCUUUGUAUUCCAGAUAGAGAUACCCUUCCGAUAAGGAACACC